UAACUAGAAACCCACCAACCGCUAUAAGGGUCGGUUGGAAAGUUGCUGUCAGUGGGUUCCAAAACCUCUUGUUCUUAUUCAGAGUCUGAAUUACUCAAAUGGCAAACCCUUCCCCUCCUCAUGCCAUUGCUGUCAGUGGGUUCCCCACCUUUCUUUUUCCACAUCUUUUUGUUUCUAAUUUUUAGGGAAUUUUCUUGGUGGGUAUGAAAAGAUCAUCUAAACCUUCAAAGAAAGUUGUUGGUGCUGGUAUUGGGUACAAAAACAACAAUGAGGAGGUCAGAAUUGAUUGGGAGCUGAGGCCUGGAGGCAUGCUUGUUCAGAAGAGAGGUCUUGGGUCUAGUGGGGAUUCCAUGAUCAAGAUCAAGGUCUCUCACGGUUCCUCUCACCACGAAAUCAAUGUCCCUUCUCAAUCCACUUUUGGGGAUCUGAAAAGGGUUCUUGCCCACGAAACUGGUCUGAAGCCUAAGGAGCAGAGGUUGUUGUUUAGAGGUAAAGAAAAGGAUGAUGAGGAAUGUCUGCACAUUGUGGGUGUAACAGACAUGUCAAAGGUGAUAUUAGUAGAAGACCCAGCUAGCAAAGAGAGGAAAUUCGAGGAGAUGAAGAGAAAUCAGUACAUGCUACAGGCCUACGAAGCUGUUGCUAAAGUUAGAGUUGACGUUGAUAAGCUCUCGGACAAGGUCAUUGCCCUGGCGAAAACUGUUGAAAAUGGCUCCCAGGCCGAAGACAAGGAAUUUGUUGUGUUGACGGAGUUACUCAUGGUGCAGUUACUUAAAUUAGAUGCUAUUCGGGCUGAUGGCGAGGCAAAAGUGCAGAGGCGGAUCGAGGUCCGUCGCGUCCAGAGUUUUGUGGAUGCGCUUGACAAUCUGAAGGCAAGAAAUGCUAAUCCUUUUGCCAACGGCAGCAGUGCUAUGUCGGUGACAACCAAGUGGGAGAAGUUUGAUUCGGGAGUAGGGAGCCUCACUGCUCCAAACCCAAGGCAAAAAACUUCUUCAAAAAUCACCAAGAAUUGGGAACUGUUUGACUAGUUGAACUCUGGCACUGAAAGGUAGAUAACAUCUUUCUGUGGUUUUGAUUCGGAAGAUGGUAUUUGGAAGAAAGAACAUUCCCUCCAUGUAUCUAAUCUGUAUAGAGUGUUGUCCCGCGUUAAUGAUUAUAAUCGAAUAUCAGGCAUUUUUUUUCGCUUUCUA